GAGAGAGAGAGAGAGAGAAGAGCGAGCUGUGAGCUCGGCUGCUGCCGCUGCUGCCCUUUGAUCCCUGCAUUAGUGUUAGGGGCUUGGAGACACACAGAGAGCGGCCAUAGACACCGCCGCACCAGGGCUCAUUAUCUACCCCACACAUAACACACACAAGCAUAGGACCCACACAUACACACACACAGACACCACUAAGCAGAUCCAUUGAAGAAUAUAUACGAUCGGGGACAAGCCAGGUGCACGACCAAAAAAAAAAAAAAAAAAAAAAGGAGGAGGGGGGAGAGGUUGGAAAGGAAAAAAAAAAAAAGAAAGAAAAGAAGAAAACCCCUUUUCUGGCUUCAGGAGACCAGCUUCAACCCACUGCCCAGGGCUGCGAGAAGGGAUUCCCCCUGCUCUGCUCUCUCCCGGCUCCCCGCCUGCCUCGCCUGCCGCUGCCCGGGUCUGCCUCGGUGCCCCCACGGGGGUUUUAUUUGAUCUCCCAUUACCCAAGGAGGAGAAUGUGAGAAAAGGGGGAAAAUGCCCAGGAGGAAGCAGGAGCAGCCCAAGCGCCUUCCCUCACAUCUUGAAGGUACCUUACAGACCAUCCAGUCCCAAUGCCAUCCUUUUUCAGAUGAGGAAACUGGCACCAUCAAGGAUGGUAGUAGACAGGAAGACGCAGAAGGAGAACUUAGUGAGGAAGAACAUUGGUUUGGAAACUCUUCGGAGACCCCAUCAGAAGCAUCCUAUGGAGAAGUCCAGGAGAAUUAUAAACUGUCCCUCGAGGACAGAAUCCAAGAGCAGUCGACUUCCCCGGAUACUUCCUUGGGAAGUGCAACCCCCAGUAGCAAUACCUUGGAGCUGAUAGCUCUGGAAAGUGAGGUCCUCCGAGACCCAUUACAGUGUCAAGGUCACCUUUCUCCUGGAGUGUCUUCUUUAUGUGAUGAGGACCCCCCUGGUUCAAACAAGCCCUUGAGCAGCAAUCUGAGGAGACUAUUGGAGGCUGGCUCCCUUAAGCUAGAUGCCACAGUCACCGCCAAUGGCCGGGUGGAAUCUCCAGUCAACCUUGGCUCCAAUCUGUCCUUUUCUCCACCAUCUCAUCAUGCCCAACAGCUAAGUGUUCUUGCCAGGAAGCUGGCCGAGAAGCAAGAACAGAAUGACCAAUACAUUGCUGGUAACCGCUUUAUAUGGAAUCAAGGCAAAUGGCUGCCAAACUCAACCACCACCUGCGGCUUGUCACCUGAUUCCGCCAUCCUCAAGUUGAAAGCGGCAGCCAAUGCUGUACUCCAGGACAAAUCUCUCACGCGGACUGAGGAGACUAUGCGGUUUGAAUCCUUCCCCUCACCGUUCAGCUCCCAGUCCGCCAGUUCCACUUUGGCAGCUUUAUCCAAGAAAGUGAGUGAGAGAAGCUUGACCCCCGGACAGGAGCCCCCUCCCCCUGCCAGCUCUUUUCUCUCUCUGGCUUCUAUGACCUCCUCGGCAGCCCUUCUGAAAGAGGUCGCUGCAAGAGCUGCUGGGAGUCUUCUGGCCGAGAAGUCUUCACUGGUGCCUGAAGAUCCUUCGCCACCUCAGCCUUUGGAGAAAAAACAAGAAAAGGGAACCUCACCCCAAUCCUUGGAGUUAUUGUUGCUCCCCGUACCCAAGGGAAGGGUUUCGAAACCCACCAAUCCAGCCCCAGAAGAAGAAGGAGGAAAACCUUUCCAGUGCCCGAUAUGUGGUUUGGUUAUAAAACGGAAGAGUUACUGGAAGCGGCACAUGGUGAUUCACACCGGUUUAAAAAGUCACCAGUGCCCUCUCUGUCCAUUCCGGUGUGCCCGCAAGGACAAUCUCAAAUCCCAUAUGAAGGUUCAUCAACACCAGGAUCGAGGCGAGACCUUCCAGUGCCAGCUAUGUCCUUUUACCUCCUCCCGUCACUUUAGCCUGAAGCUCCACAUGCGAUGCCAUCAGCACUUCCUGAGGACAGAAGCCAAGGUGAAGGAGGAGAUCCCUGAAACAGAUGUGAAGGGGUCCCCGCAGCUCAGCGAGAGUGCCUGUCUGGGACAGCAGAGAGAAGGAGCAGGCACGGAGUUAGUGGGGACUCCGGUCCUGUCUAGAACUCCAGAAAGGACUAGCCAGAGCAGUGCUGGUAUUCCACCUUUGUUGGUCAAAGAAGAACCCAAGGAAGAUAAUGGGCUGUCCCCUUCUUUUACCCUGAAUGUCUCCGAGAGACCCCUGAACAACACAAAAUUGAAAGACACCUCAGACUACGUAGCCAAUACCGCGUCGGCGUUGUUCAGCCAAGACAUCUCCGUGAAGAUGGCAUCGGACUUUCUCAUGAAGCUGUCAGCGGCAAAUCAGAAGGAACCCAUGACUCUUACAUUGAAAGUGAAAGAGGAGCCGAAGGAUGAGGAAGUUCUAAGUUCGACAUUGCCUCAGUCCAGCUAUGUGUUCAGGUCGGGAUCUGAAGUGUCAGCCCCCAGCCUCCCCGAGGAUACGAUGAAGCCACAGGAAGGGCUAAGGAGGGAUAUGUCUGUCAAAGCAGCAUCAGAGCUUCUUAUGAAGCUAUCAGCUGAAAGCUACAAGGAAACACAGUCAGUGAAGAUCAAAGAGGAACCCAUGGAAAUUGACAUCCAUGACUCCCGAGCCUCGAUAUCACCGAGCCGGAAUGUUGGCUAUAGCACUUUAUUAGGGCGAGAGAAAACUGAACCCUUACAAAAGAUGCCAGAGGGCAGAAUGGGUCCUGAGAGAAGUCUCUUCAGUCAGGACAUCUCUGUGAAGAUGGCAUCAGAGCUUCUCUUCCAAUUGUCAGAAAAGGUGAGCAAAGAGCACAAUCAUACGAAGGAGAAUACCAUCCGGACCACCACCAGCCCUUUCUUUUCGGAAGAUUCAUUUAGACAAUCACCAUUCACCUCCAAUUCAAAAGAUCUGCUGCCCAGCGAGUCUGUGCUCCACACGAGAACAUCGGCCCCAGAAGCAGAAAAGAUAGGGCUGGAGGCAGGAAAUGGAUUGCCAUCUUGGAAAUUCAAUGACCAGCUUUUUCCCUGCGACGUAUGUGGGAAAGUGUUUGGCCGACAGCAGACGUUGUCUCGACAUCUCUCGCUGCACACAGAGGAGAGAAAAUUCAAAUGCCAUUUGUGCCCCUAUGCGGCUAAGUGCCGUGCAAACCUGAACCAGCACCUGACUGUCCACGCCGUGAAGCUGGUGAGCACCGACACCGAGGACAUCGUCAGCGCCGUCACCUCGGAAGGCAGUGACGGAAGGAAGCACCCUUAUUAUUACAGUUGUCACGUGUGUGGAUUUGAGACCGAGCUCAACGUCCAGUUUGUCAGUCACAUGUCCCUCCAUGUGGACAAGGAGCAAUGGAUGUUUUCAAUCUGCUGCACCUCCUGCGACUUUGUCACCAUGGAAGAAGCUGAUAUUAAGGCUCACAUUAGCACCAAGCACACAGGGGAAGAGAGGAAGACUCCCAGUGAAUCCAACAGCCCUUCUUCAUCUUCCCUGUCGGCACUCAGUGACUCAGCUAACAGCAAAGAUGACUCGGACGUAACCCAGAAGAACAAGGGAGGGAACAACCUUCUGGUCAUUUCCGUCGUGCCUGGGAGCCAGCCCUUACUGAACACGGAAGAAAAGUCAGAGAAAGGGUUCGAAUGUGUUUUCUGCAACUUCGUCUGCAAGACGAAGAACAUGUUUGAACGCCACCUGCAGAUCCACCUGAUCACACGGAUGUUUGAGUGUGACGUGUGCCACAAGUUCAUGAAGACUCCCGAGCAGCUGCUGGAGCACAAGAAAUGCCACACUGUCCCCACUGGUGGGCUCAAGUGCCCAUUCUGCAUUUACUCCACCAACCGCCCCGCAGCCAUGGAGUGCCACCUGAAGACCCACUACAAAAUGGAGUACAAGUGCCGGAUCUGCCAGAUGGUCAAGGCCAACCAGCUGGAGCUGGAGAUGCACAUUCGCGAGCAUCGCCUUGGCAACCACUACAAGUGCGACCAGUGCGGCUACCUGUCCAAGACAGCCAACAAGCUCAUUGAGCAUGUGCGCGUCCACACCGGCGAGCGGCCCUUCCACUGUGACCAGUGCAGCUACAGCUGCAAGCGCAAAGACAAUCUCAACCUGCACAAGAAGCUGAAACACGCCCCGCGCCAGACCUUCAGCUGCGACGAGUGCCUGUUCAAGACCACCCACCCCUUUGUCUUCAGCCGCCACGUGAAGAAACACCAGAGUGGGGGGGACUGCGGAGAGGAGGAGAAGAAAGGCCCGAGCCCGGCCCCCAAGGAAACUGCCCCCGGGGGCCCCCUCCUGGUGGUGGGGAGGUCCCGCAACCUUCUGUCUCCCCUCUCCAUCAUGUCCGCCUCCCAGGCCUUGCAGACGGUGGCGCUGUCAGCUGCCCACGGCAGCAGCUCCGAACCCAACCUGGCGUUCAAGGCCUUGGCCGUCAACGGUUCCUCUUUGCGCUUUGAUAAGUAUCGGAACUCGGAUUUUGCCCAUCUUAUCCCCUUGACGAUGCUUUACCCCAAGAACCACUCGGAUCUCACAUUCCACCCUCCCCGACCUCAGACUGCACCUCCCAGCAUCACCUCGCCCAAACACUCCUUCCUUGCCUAUCUCGGAUUAACAGAAAGGGCAGAGACUGUUUGAAAACGGCCUUGUUUCUGUACCAAAAACCAACACACACACAUACACACACACACCCCUCCCCCCAAAUGAAACACAACUCCAGCAGGUAGACGUUGCUGCAAAACCCAGAGACGGACGAGGGUCCGCACCCUGUACUGUAGAGAAGUGGCUCUCCGCGUGCACCCAUUGCAUUGACACGAAAGCUGCUCGGUUCCGCCUUCGCAGAGGUGACCUGUUGCAUUCUUCUACCUUCAGAGGCAUGUCUUCCCCUGCCCCUCCCCCGCCCCACGCUUUUAUCUGGAAGAAAUUCGGCCUCGUUAGGGAAAGCCUAGCGAGCGGUCCUCGGUGGCAAUCAGCACUUGUAAGGUAGCAUGCUGAGGCGUUUUCCUGGGUUUGGGGGAGUGGGCCGCGGGAGUGGGCGCGAGUGCUUGUUGGCUGAGAGCGGAUGUGACGCUCGGGCCUUCCGGGCUCACUUCCGGAGCAGGAGCGCGUUUUCCUCCGUGGGUCGGUAUGGCGCCCUCCCUCUUCCCGGGGGCCCUUCGUCACCUCCCCCUCUGUACUCGCGAGCGACGGGAUCGGACGCCCCAAGCCUCGAGUCGCUGAAGAGGAUGACGGGUCCCUUGAGGAUGGCCUGAGAUUUCUAACAGAACAUGGAGUCCUCUCCUCUGGCCUUCGCUGGCGUGAAGGUCAGGGGAUCGGGCCGCCCGUUUGGAAGAAAUAACCCCACCCCCCGCGUGGGGGCCCCCCACGUGCAUGCACACGCAUGCGUACAACCUUUGCGGGAAGGGCGCCUGAGAGGGCAGCUUUUCGAAAGGGCCGAGCAGAUCCAUCCCACCUUAAGGCCACGGUUAUCUUUUUAUUUGCAGGAACCAUUAGUGCAAUUCCCUUUACUGAAUGCCACCUUGAACUUGGUACAGUUCUAGAAGAAGCCAGAUAACUGUACUGUCUAAUCUUCACUGUAGGCUGCCCCUUCCCCAGUCCCCUACCUUUCCCCACCCCCCUGGCAGGUAUGUUCCAGCCCCAUAGGGGGGAAAAGCCUGUUCUGUGCACUAGAUGAGCCUGUUUACACUAAGGAGAAGGGCAGACAGGGGCAGGAGGGAGGGCCGCAGAAGGUAAGCAGUUGGAGGCUCCUGUCUGCUUCUCCCCAUCUCCCCCCACCAUUUUUCCUCAGAGUUUUGCUCUUAGCAAGUAGCCAUUGGAGGCCUUGCCAUGGCAAUGUUUCUCAGUCAAAGAUGCAGUACAUACACUCCAAGAAAUCCCGGGGCAGCUGGGGCAGGGGCUGGGUGGGGGUGGGCAGAGGGGUGGGGGGAAGGUGGAGGAAGCCUUAUUUUUAAGAAGCAAUUCUUUGAAUUCCCCAUGUAAUGGAGGAGAAUUUGCCACUGGGCAAUAGUCUGCUUUCAAAGUGACCCCGUUCGGUAGCAAAGGCUAAGGAGAGAGGGCCGGGCCGGGCCCGGGACCUUUCCACAGAGGCAGAUCACAUUACCAGCCUGACAGGGGCACCCUGAGAAGGGGAGACCUGACCGGCUAGGAGCAUUAGGAGCAGGUCCAACCGGACCCCGGCCGUGCAAUAGGAAGUCGGGCCAAGAGGCAGAGCUGGAGCGGAGCUCGAGGGGAACGAGACAACCUCAACACUCAAAUGCCAUGCAUUUCUCUGUUUGCCACGGAACCCGUAUUUUUUGAAUGGCCUAGUCACGCUUGAUGUAAUUGGGCAACUUUGUUUAGCACUUUGGAAAGAUUCCCCCCCUCCCCUUUCUGAUAAAUUAUAAAAGUUUUCUGAGUGAGAAAAAAAAAAAAAAAAGGUGUGUUUGGAGUUUCUUUGGUUUUUUUUUUUUUUUUUUUUAUAUUGUUGUUGUUGUUGUUAAUAAAGGAGAGUAUUUACAGGAAUUUUCAGAAUUCACCUAGAUGAGCCGUCCCAUGAAUUGGUUUGCAUUUUGAAGCUCAGGGAAGGCUGUGUCCCCACGCAGAGUCGUUUCCCUAUUUAAAAAAAAAAAAUUUCAGAAAACAAAAAACACUAACAUUUUGGGAGGAAUCCAACCACCAAGUAACGUCAUCCCUGUUUUCACUAUGCAUUCUUUGAUGAAGGCUAACUUAUUUUUCCAUACGGUAAUGCAGUUAAAGUUCUCAGCACUUUCUUUCUUCCUUUGGUCCUUUUUUAACUUGUAUUAUGUUCAAAAGAUCACGCUGUCAAGGUUUGUGUACAUUACUGAAAAUUUGUAUUGUAUAAAGCUUUUUGCAUUUUAAGGCUGUACAGGGUCAUUUUGACAGUAACUGGUAUAUUCCUACGUUGCAUCUUAUGUUGCAUUGCCAAUUUAUAGUGUAUCCAGUUUGGAAGUACAAUAUACUCUAAUUAAAAAAUGGUUGGCUAUA